UAUUAUGGCGGGAUUUCGUAUGUUCGUAUGGAAUAUAACGCGGUGAUGUGUCGCGCGCGCGCGUGUAGGCUUCGGUGUCUCGCAGUGUCUGUUGUCCUUGUGAAGCCGUGGUGUUGGUGUUGUUGCCGAGUGCUAUGGAGAUGUUCGAAAGGGGGUUGCACUUCUUGAUGUACUUGUAUACACCAGCCACAGCCAUGGCCCUGCCAGUCGCGAAUGAUGUCAGUUUCCACCAUUUACGUGUGGCUGCGCGUAAAGCACUUGCAUGGCCAAUGCGGGGUCCUUUUUUUGGGCGGAGCCUGCUUGAGCCUUCCGUUGCUCGUGGUCCACCGCGACUUUUGGCCCGUCAGUGUCAACGACGAACACCCGCUCCGCCCGCUGGACAAGGGGUUUUCAGAGGCACUGCAGGGCAGGAACGGAGCACUGCACUGCCCAGCGCUUGCCCAGCCCAUCCCAGCGGUUCCAGUGAUGAUGGCUUUUGCGAGGGACCAGAGUGCUGCAGUUCUCACAUGACGCGCGGCACGAGCUCCCGCUUCCAUUUCCAAGUACUUCCAGUUCCACCCGUCAUCCAAUCUUGGCUGUGAUCCCAUGUUUGACCUCGCUCACUAUAGCUGCAAUCUGUGAAGAAGAGUAAAAGAACAAAGGCCCCCAAAACCGAAUACAUUUGAACAAGCCAUCCUCCGGAAAAGAAGAUCGUUCCAUCACGGACAAAAGUGACCCCAAGGAUCUCCCCAGCAAUCUUGACAAACCGCCAGUGUGGGGACGCCCAGGUACCAACCUCGCAUUUACACCACUGAAUUGCAGUCUCCAAGGAAUUGACUGGGCUGAC